AUGUCAGAGAUGCAACAGAAAUCUGAAGAGGUUGUCGAUGGCCACCAGUAUAAUACAGAUGACGACAUGAAUAAAGAUGACCAUAAUUCAUCACCCAACAUGGUCUCCCAGGAGGAUCAAACAUCUGGGAGUAACAUGACAUACGAGUCCACGGGUGGCAACAGCACGGAUUUUGACAACCAGAAUGAGCAGAAUACAACCUUUGACGACGACCAUUAUGACCAGGAAGAGCCGAGAGACACAAGGCCAGCAAGGCCUACUAAACAGGAUACUUUGGUUGGCUGCUGA